AUGGAGGACCCUGGAACCACGGAGGACCCUGGAACCACGGAGGACCAUGUAAACACGGAGGAACCUGUAACCACGCAGGACCCUGGAACCACGCAGGACCCUGGAACCACGGAGGACCAUGUAACCACGGAGGACCCUGGAACCACGGAGGACCCUGGAACCACGGAGAACCCUGGAACCACGCAGGACCCUGUAACCACGGAGGACCAUGUAACCACGGAGGACCCUGUAACCACGGAGGACCCUGUAACCACGGAGGACCCUGGAACCACGCAGAACCCUGGAACCACGGAGGACCCUGUAACCAAGGAGGAACCUGGAACCACGGAGGACCCUGGAACCACGCAGGACCCUGGAACCACGGAGGACCCUGUAACCAAGGAGGAACCUGGAACCACGCAGGACCCUGGAACCACGGAGGACCCUGGAACCACGGAGGACCAUGUAACCACGGAGGACCCUGUAACCACGGAGGACCCUGUAACCACGGAGGACCCUGGAACCACGCAGAACCCUGGAACCACGGAGGACCCUGUAACCAAGGAGGAACCUGGAACCACGGAGGACCCUGGAACCACGCAGGACCCUGGAACCACGGAGGACCCUGUAACCAAGGAGGAACCUGGAACCACGCAGGACCCUGGAACCACGGAGGACCCUGUAACCACGGAGGAACCUGGAACCACGGAGAACCCUGUAACCACGGAGGACCAUGGAACCACGGAGGACCCUGGAACCACGGCGGACCCUGUAACCACGCGGAAUUAA